GUGGAUAAUUAUUGAAUCGCAAAUGAAUAGUAUUUGGAACCGUAGCUGUUUCACAAAUUACGAUGAGAAUAAACACGCUAUAUUAUCCAGGCAGAUGGAACUAUUAGCAUGGAUGAGAUUUAGAAAAGGAGAAGGUAGGAAGAAAGAAUGGUCAGGGAGAUGGAAAGGAAUAAAGUUAGAAGAAGUCAAAGAACAUAAAUAUUUGGGAUAUAUCUUGCAGACGAAUGGAGAUAAUACAGCUCAUGUAAGAGAAUGGAUGAAACAAGCAGCAGGGACGCACAAUCAGUGCACCGACCCGACCGGUGAUCGUCACACAUCGCACGUUGACAAGAAGCGCAGGAGACCCGAGUUUUUCGGUCUUCCUUAUCUCAUUCCUCUCCUCCGAUAA